AAUAAAUAUCCUUAGAGAGCAGCUCGAUCGUUAGCCUUCCUAGCAGCUGAAAAGGCCUCUAAUUUUAAGAGAAAUGUCUGCUACAGAGGAAAACACAGAUAUGAUUAUUCCAUGUGUGCUUGUCACUAGCUGUGACAGCAAAUUUAAAGAAGAAGAAUUGAUAAAACAAAUCCUCGGUUCAGAGUCUUUGCCUCAGCCAACCAAGCGAGACGAAGCGGUAGCCUGGUAUUCUUGGACCAUCAAUAACAAGUAUUAUACAGCAGAUGUGCGACUGUGUGCUGUACCAAACACUUACUCAAUGUCAUCUGAGAUCGCCCAGUCCAUGCAGGCUUUCAUUGCUUACUUUGACAGUAAAGUGAAAGAUGGACUAGAAAAGCUAAAGCUUUGGAUUCCUGUGGUGGAAGACAUCGCUCCAGAGGUGCUCAUUCUUGUGUGUGACAGAACCGAUGAAAAUGGUGUCACAAAGCAUGAAGCACAGCAGUGGUGUUUAGCUCAUGCAUUUGAGCUUGUGGAGCUCAAUCCGCUGGAACUGCCAGAUGAGGAUGAUGACUUUCCAGAAUCCACAGGAGUAAAGAGAAUUGUCCAGGCUCUAAAUGCUAAUGUAUGGUCCAGUGUGGAGAUGAAGGAAGGACACAAUCAGGGUUUUGGUCUAAUGAGCAGUUUGGUGGCUUCCAGGCAUAACUCACGCCGCUGCCAGGAUCCAACAUCCUCCAGUUUGCCAGCAGAGGGCGCACUUCCUAACGUUACAGCCAACCAGACAGAGAAUCACACAAAAGCAGACAGACAGGAGGAAUCAGUAGUGGAUGCAAUGACUGAUUUAGACAUACAGGAACUUGCCAAUCUCACAGCUGGAGAUGCAGAUGUGGAUAACUUUGAACGCCUCUUUACCAAAUUAAAGGAGAUGAAAGAUUUUCAUCCUGCAGAUAAAGCUUCGUCAUUACCUCACGAGCAGAGAAAAGUUCACGCUGAGAAGGUGGCAAAAGCAUUUUGGAUGGCCAUUGGUGGCGAUGAAGAUGAAAUAGAUGGAUUAUCUUCAGGGGAGGAAAGUUAAAGUCUGUUACCUGCGGUUCAUUACUUCUGAUUUCCUUCGCUCACACAAGAGUCAGCUCCCAUGGACGACCUGCUCAUGCUUGGAAAGUGGAGAUGCUUACAGAUACUGUAGGCAUAGUUGUAUUUAGAAAAUCCUGAUUCCUAUAAUAAAGAAAUUGUUUUUAAAAUGAUGGAUAUUUUGUUCAGAGAAGCCAUGAGUGUCUCAGAUCUUAAGUCUUCCUCUCUGGGUCUCAUUCUAGACCGUGAUCCUCAAAAUGUGAUCGUGAUGCAGGUGGAAAACGGUUUUGAUUUCUGUGUUUGUAGGUCCAGUCUACAGAUGUAUUUGUUACAUGUGCCUUAUUCUGAGUUCUAAAAAGACAAUUCACAUUCAAAUGAAUCCACAUAAAAUCUUGUUUAUUUUUUGUUUU